UGAGGUUUCUCUCCCAGACAGAGUCUGUCACGGCCUUCAUGGGGGACACGGUGUUACUCAAGUGUGAAGUCAUUGGGGAGCCCAUGCCCACGAUCCACUGGCAGAAAAACCAGCAGGACCUGGCUCCGGGCCUGGGCGACUCCCGGGUGGUGGUCUUGCCCUCCGGCGCACUGCAGAUCAGCAGACUUCAGCCCGGGGACACGGGCAUCUACCGGUGCUCAGCCCGCAAUCCAGCCAGCUCGAGGACAGGAAAUGAAGCCGAAGUCAGGAUCUUAUCAGACCCAGGAUUGCAUAGGCAGCUUUAUUUCCUGCAAAGACCCUCCAAUGUGGUAGCCAUCGAAGGAAAGGACGCUGUACUGGAGUGCUGUGUGUCUGGCUACCCUCCCCCAAGCUUCACCUGGUUACGAGGAGAGGAAGUCGUCCAGCUCCGGUCCAAAAAGUAUUCACUAUUGGGUGGAAGCAACUUGCUUAUCUCCAAUGUGACAGAUGAUGACAGUGGAACUUACACCUGCGUUGUCACAUAUAAAAAUGAGAAUAUCAGUGCUUCUGCAGAGCUUACCGUCUUGGUUCGGACCCAUUACACAUUCUGCAAGAAGCAACAUGAUUCCAUUUUAAUCACAGCCCAGCGCUUCCCUCCUGCUGAGAAAAAUAAAUGUGAUAUUUUUUGCCCUUGCGGUUGUUACUGGCAAGUGGCCAUGAACACAUCUCGGAUCUCUAAGCAUUGUCUGUGCAAUGGACCAGUGACAGCUAACCCGCAGACCUGUUAUGAAGAUCAGACUCAGAGAUAA